AUGAAUACCGGGAAAGUUGCCGACAAGGUGUUUCCAAUCACAACAUUUCUCUCAGACCUACCGAGCAAGCUUUUCCCGCAGCCCCUCUUAUUAUCCUCGAGCAAUGGUCCUGCUGAGGGACGCUUGGUCAUUAUAGGCGAUGUACAUGGGAUGCGGAAAUCCCUAGAGGCAUUGCUAGACAAAGUGGACUUUGACCAACGCAAAGGAGAUCAUCUCAUACUAGCUGGCGACCUCGUUAGUAAAGGACCCGAUAGUCCAGGAGUCGUGGAUCUGGCCAUCAAACUCGGCGCCAGCGCAGUGAGAGGCAAUCACGACAAUGCAGUUCUCCAUGCGGCCGCGGAGAUCAACGCCACAAAGGAUAGUCUAUUAUCUCCCGGAGGCUCAACUGGCGGCCCAGCCGAGCUCGAAUGCCCUAAAGUCGACCUACCGGGGGACACUGUCCAAAGUGCCGAGACUCAAGACAAGAACGCCUCCACGACACCCGGUAAAAAUAAGAGACAUAGCCCGGCCACGUAUCAUACGGCUUCAGCCCUUUCGACGCGCCAGCUUGACUGGCUUGCCGCAUUGCCUUUGAUCUUGCGUAUCAAGCUACCCGAAGGCUUGACAUCUUCUCUCGGCGACACUGUCGUUGUUGUACAUGCUGGCCUUGUGCCUAAUAUCCCACUGGAAGAGCAAGAUCCACAUGCUGUAAUGCAUAUGCGAAGCCUCGUUCGUGAAAUGGACGACGGCAAUGGAUUCACCCCCAACUGA